AUACUGCGGCACAACGAGGUUCAGAGAUGAACGACGGAACGGAGGAAGAAACGGUUCCCGUUGUAAUGGAGACCUCGUCAUACUCGCAGGUAGUUUUCAACGAUGUUCCUCCAUCAUAUCCGCCAAACACCGCGGUUUCGUGCCGGUACACUGUCACCGGUGAGCUGCAGCCCAACCCGAGGGACUGGAUCGGUAUCUACAAGGUUGGCUGGAAUUUGACACAGCAGUAUUAUAGCUAUGAAUGGGUGGAACCUUGCCUGGGCCAUAUCGGACCUGAACCGAUUGUGCAUCAAGUGGUUUUCAAAGAGAGCUACCUGCCCAAGGAUGAUGGAGAGUUUUAUCAGUUCUGCUAUGUGGACAGCAGCGGUUAUGUCAAAGGAGCCAGCACCCCGUUCUGCUUUCAAAGCCCAGCAGAAACAAGCCUUGACUGCAGCUUGGAGAAGGACCUGUUAGUUAUAACAACACAGGAGCAGGCAGAAAAGAUGGAGAAAGAGAAAGAGGACUUUGUCAAAGAGAUCGAGCACUUAAAAGAAACAAAUGAGAUCCUGAAAACUGAGUUGGAGGAAAGACUGCAUGAGAUGUGCCGUCUCAGGAGCUCUCUAGAUGAUGUGAAGUCAAAGGAUAAGCCGGAAACACCGCUGCCAGAUGUGGAGAGUUUUAACGCCACUGAAGAGUCACUGAACGUUCUUCAUGAAAAGUAUACGAGAGCUGUUCAAAAGAUCCACAUGCUUAAGAGUGAAAGGACUGAGUUACAGCAACAGGUUGAACUCCAGGAUGCCGAAAACCUCAGGCUGAGUACCUUGCUGAAAGAAACCGAUCAAAAUUACAACAAAGUACAGGACCAGGCCAAGUUGUUACAGGUGGAUGUGCAAAGCAGCAGGAAAGACAAUGAGAAAUUGCUCGUCGAAAUACAGGCCCUCAAGAUGAAUAGGUCUCUGGAGGACCGGAGAGCUGAACACAAAGCAUUACAAACAUCCAUGUUAGAGCAAGGAGCCCAAGAGAAAGAAGAAAACAAAGUCCAGAUUCAGGCUCUGCUUACUCAGCUGACAGAAGCCAGAGGCCUGCUUCGCAGUGAGGUGCAGAACUGCAAAGAAGCCAACAAGCGUGCAGAAGGAGCUGAGCAGGAAUUGAAGGAAGUGAAAAAGAAGCUGGAGGAGAUGGCCUUGAAACAGGCUGAGGGCGAGAACACCAAUCAAAUCCAUGCACAACUUCAGCAGGCACAAAACAAAAUUUACGAAAUGGCAGAGGCAUCAAAAUUAGACAGAGAGACGCUUGAAAAGAGGAAUGAGGAACUGCUGGCAGAAGUAGAUAAACAUCGUAGGUUGUUGUUUGACUACCAGGUUGCAUCUGUUGCCGCACUGUCUGAUCAACUACCAAACCCUCAAAGCCCACCCACCUCCCAUUACUAUGAGACCAUUGAUGAUUUGACAGCAAAUCCUGCAGAAACAGAGAUACAGAUUAGGGUGUGCCAGCACUGUCAGGAGGGUUUUCCUGGCAUCAGCGAGGAGGAAUUGGAACAACACGAGCAGUCUCACAAAUUGUGUCCAUUCUGCACUCAGAUCUUUGACGACUGGCAACAGCAGGAAUUUGAAGAUCAUGUCUACGGUCAUGAGGAUUAGUCAGUUCGGAUUUCUACAUCUGAUAUAAUGU